AUAAUAAAACAACGGCGGAAGCUCUCAGGCGUGACCAAAUAGCGUCCCUUUGCAGCAAUUAUUUUGCCACCAAACGAGACAGAAUACUGUACAUACCAGCAGACGAUCGCAUUGUGUUUUGUCAAAAAUACAUUUGGCCCAGCCUGUUUCGUAUACAGACACCGCAAAGAGCCAAGUUCAUGGGCAGUCCCAGCUGAGAGGUCAAGAUGCAACAACGUCGAGAUGAAAUCUUAGCAAAGAAAGCCAAGCUCGCAGAGCUGAAGAAGCAGAGAGAACUCAGAGCUAGCCAAGCUUCAGCUGGACGAUCAAGCUUAGGGGGUGCCGGUGAUCUUCAUACCCCGCCGUCCGGUCGAGCAGACAGCCGUCGCGAAAUCGAAACUCUUAUAAACAGUCUAGUUGGAGAAAGCAGACCUGGCUCGACCCCAGGAGCAGGCUCGCCAGCCCAUCGUAGCAGUCGACCAAACAGUGUUCUCAGCGCUGGAGAGGUUAGCAACGAAACAUCAGAGCUCGCACCACCUCCCAGCAGCCACUCUGUUCCGCCCGCACCUUUAGUAUUGUCUACUGUGCCAUUAACCACCGUCUACGCAUGCCCGCCAUCUCCAGUCAAAGAAGUUUACUCCUACAGCAAAGGAGUACAAACGACCGAUUCUUUCACUUCGCCAACUCGCCAGCGAGCACAUUCUGUUCCAUCAGACCAAGAGGAUGCUCUCGGGCCGGUGGUAACUCCUAGUAAAAAGCUUAGCCGACGCGAACGAGACAAGGAAGAAGAGUUGCGACAGAAAAUCAGAGAAGAGGUUGAAGAAGAGCUUCGAGCUGCUCGCGACAGAUUGGCAGACGAAGGAGGCGACGCCGCCCAAGCCACUACAUCUACAAAUUAUCCUGUUCGAGAGUUAACGUCGGAAGAAUUAGAGGCUGUUACUCGCUCAGACGACUUUGUUGACUUCCUAGAACAGUCUACCAAAGUUAUCGAAAGAGCUAUCGACCAAGAAACCUAUGAUAUUUUGACUGACUACGCCCUGCACGGAAAGGACUUGGACGAGGAAGACGAUGAAACAGGAAAUACUGGAGGCCGAGGUCAAUACAGGAUUAAGGAAGUGGCUCAGUUCUACGAUGACCGGUGGUCAAAGAAACGUAUGAUUAGCGGAAUCGACUUUUCGCCCAAAUUUAGCGAACUACUCUUAGCAUCCUACACAAAAAACCCAACGGCACCCCACGAACCCGAUGGAAUCGUCCAAGUAUGGAAUACGCAUAUGCACGACCGUCCAGAAUACGUCUUUACAGCACAAUCAGACAUUUUGGCAGCAAAAUUCUCGCCGUACCACCCGAACCUGAUUGUCGGCGGUUCCUACGGUGGCCAAGUGCUACUGUGGGAUACGAGAGCAAAAGCAGCACCAGUUCAGAAGACGCCACUAACUGGAUUUGGCCAUGCGCAUCCCAUCUAUGCUGUUGACAUUGUCGGUACACAGAAUGCCAACAACAUUAUCUCCUGCUCAACGGAUGGUGUCGUAUGUGGCUGGAGUAUGGAUGUUUUCGCUCAACCACAGGAGCUUCUGGAACUCAAGAACCCAGCACAGGCUAAGGUUGCGGUUGAAGACGUCAGCCCUACCUGCAUGUCGUUCCCACAGACGGAUCCCACAUUUUUCCUAGUUGGCAGUGAAGAGGGCACUAUAUUCCCAUGCCACAGAUAUGACCGUGCCGGCGCCAAGGCUGGUGUCGACAAGAAAAUCUGCUACAAGGGUCACACUGCACCGGUAAUGUCUGUUGACUUCCACCCAUCGCGAGGGCCUGUUGAUCUUGGUGAUCUUGUCAUCUCGUCAUCCUUGGACUGGAGUGUCAAACUUUGGAAGGUUCGUGCCCCUGCCGCAACAUCAACUAUCGGAGCCGGCGAUGGCAACAUCUCCCCUUUGAUCGACUUUGUCAGAGAAGACGUCGUCUACGAUGCCAAAUGGUCUCCCGUUAAGCCUAGUGUGUUUGCGCUGGUUGAUGGAGCUGGUUGGCUCGAGCUGUGGGACAUUGCUGUCGAGACGGAGGAGCCUAUUUCAAGAAUCACCCCAAGCCAGCGACAGGAUGGCCGCGCUAUGCUUUCAAAGAGCUUGAACAAGGUUGCUUGGGAGCCCAAUGAUGGCAAGAGAAUCGCAACUGGUGGUAUUGAUGGUGCUCUGACGGUCUUUGAGGUCUCCCAGGGACUCGGUGGAAAAGAAGGACUAAAGAACGAAGAGUGGACAAACAUGAAGAAGCUUGUCAACCGCGUAGAGGCUGUUGGUGUAAAUGGAGCUGUCGUAGUAUAAGCGUCUACAACGCAAGACUGGUGGUUUGCAAGCACCAGGCGACAUUGUUUUACUUUGAAAAAACGUAUACCCCAAUCGCCAUGUAAUUAAUAUUUGGACAUAGAUAUACAUUAAUUAAGAAAAAUUCCCAUGACCUGUACGUAU